AUGUACCUGCCUCUGGUAGCGAAUUUCAGAAGUAAUAGUCCAGGAUGUGAGAAUGUACAUUCCGUGGUGCAGAAGUUCGUCGAUGUCGUCAACUGGUCGUCAACAGAAGUGGUGGGGGAUGAUGUACAGAAGAGUGGGAGAGGGAGACGGUCCGAGUUCGUGAAGAAGCCAGCAAGAACUGUGCGAGAGACAGUAAAUAUGGCAUCUGUUGUUCAGAGAGUGUCAUCAGUAUCAUCGAAAUUCAGUGGCACGAUAUGCAGGGGAGCUGCCGCUGUUACGUCAAAGGCUAACACCCGGCGCUCGUAUUACGGCUACAGCAACGAACCUGCUCAACCACUGAAUCGCGAACCGAAAUGGUGCAGUUUCGAAGAAGCGGUGAAAUGUAUACAGUCAGGGAAUACUGUUUUCGUGCAGGGUGCAGCCGCCACCCCAGUGCAAUUGGUGAAUGCUAUGACCGAUCAUGGCAAGGAGUCUUGUCUUAAGGACGUCACUGUGUGCCACAUGCACACAGAAGGAGCAGCUCCGUACGUGAAUCCAGAUUGCGAAGGCAUUUUCCGAUCAUUGUCUUUCUUCAUGGCAAAAAAUGUCCGGAAGUCAGUAGCUGAAGGUCGCUCUGAUGCUGUUCCAAUUUUCCUUCAUGAAAUACCUCUUCUGUUUCACAGGAAGAUUGUUAAACCAGAUGUGGCUUUGAUUCAGGUGUCUCCCCCAGAUCAACAUGGCUACUGCACUUUAGGCACAAGUGUUGAUUGUGUAAGAGCUGCUCUUAUGUACUCCAAAUGUAUUGUUGCCCACGUGAAUUCCUGCAUGCCAAGGACAUUUGGUGAUGGCAUUAUCCAUCAGUCACAUUUUGACUUCGCUGUCAAGCACGAUUGCCCCCUUCCUGAUCAUCCAGCAGGUCCUGCUACUGAAGCUGACACCAAGAUUGGCAAAUUCAUUGCUGAAAAUUUAGUGGAGGAUGGAGCAACUUUGCAGAUGGGAAUUGGAUCUCUUCCAGAUGCAGUUCUUAAUGAACUGACCAAUCACAAAGAUUUGGGAAUUCAUUCUGAAAUGUUUGCUGGUGGAGUUGUUGACCUUGUACAAAAGGGAUGCAUCACCAAUAAUGCAAAGACCAUUCACAAAGGAAAAAUCAUUGGUAGUUUCCUGAUUGGGCCUCAAAAACUGUAUGAUUUUGUUGACAAUAACCCAUUUGUUGAAAUGCUGGAAGUCUCCUAUGUAAACAAAGUAGGUGUUGUUUCUCAAAAUCCUAAAAUGACAGCAAUAAAUUCUUGCAUUGAAGUAGACCUGACUGGCCAAAUCAGCUCAGAUUCAAUCGGAACCAGAAUGUAUUCAGGAUUUGGAGGUCAAGUAGACUUCAUUCGUGGUGCAGCUGAAGGUUUUGAUGGAAGAGGAAAACCAAUCAUUGCAUUGCAAUCAGCUACCAAGAGAGGUGAAUCCAAGAUUGUACCCACAUUGAAAAUAGGAGCUGGUGUCGUCACUACCAGGGCUCAUGUUCACUAUGUAGUAACAGAGUAUGGUAUUGCCAGUCUGUUUGGAAAGAGUCUGCGCCAGCGAGCAUAUGAGCUUAUCAACAUCGCUCAUCCAGAUCAUCGUGAAGCCCUUGAAAAGGCUGCAUUUGACCGGCUCAAGGUCAUGCCAUCAUGUUGAAGAUAAAUCUAAUCUAAAGAAACAAUUCCAGGCUUGCCGAAAAUUUAACACAGUUGCUUUUUGGAACUUGGGGGAUUUGGAAAUAGGAAAUAAGUUGUUGAUAAAAAAGAAAAUGAUGCAUUUCUACAAUAGGUGCUUGAAUUUUGCUUAUAAAGAUAGUGCAGGAAACCUUGUGCAUUGAAUUUGAGAAUUUUUUGGCACCAGCAGUGUAGAUAUAGAACAAUUUGAAAGCAGCUUGUGGACAGCUUGACAAAGAAUAGCUGAAGUUAUUGAAGUAAUGGUGUUAAAAAUAGGCGGUAUUAAGUGAGCACAAACUUGUUAGAUAAAGACCUCCUUGUUGUGUAAGUAAUGUGUAGGAAAGUAGAAAUUACAUGCUCAUUAAUACUCCAAUAAAAGAUGUAUUAUAUGGUACAAACAACUGAAGUACAUGUAUGCACAUAGGUUUUUAGUGCCUUUUGAAGACAACAGUUCAUCCAGUUAGAGGAACAACUCUAACAAACCAGGCAGUUUUUACAGGUUUCAGUGUCUACAUUUUAAAUAUGCAACUGAUCUUAUGUUUCAUAUUGUAUGAAUUAUCUAUUAAUAAGCAUUGAAGUUCUUAAGUCCUUUUUAUAAAAUAGAAUGUACUUGUUUUAUUGCAAGCCAAUACAUCAUAACAAUAACAACCUUCAAGUAAUUGUAUUGAACUUUAAGAGGAGCAUGGAGAAGAAGAAUUAACAAUUUUCUUUUCCAAGGCUUCAAUUUCAUAUGCUUUGUGCCUUCAUCCACUCUCAAAUAGAACAUUAAAGGUUCAACUUCCCUGAGACAUUGAAAAGUACCUUGGGGAAAAAUAUCACAAACAUAAGAAAAGGUAACAAUAAAUUAAAAAUCAAUGUCUGUGGGAAGUGUACCUUCACGACGUGCUUUUUCAAUAUUUUGAUAAAAAUCAGAGAAAUCCACGUAAGGUUCAAUUCUCUUAUCUUUGUCAGUAGGAUUUGUUCUGGCUGGAAACAAAUCAGAAGAACUUUCAGUAGUUGAAGUGUCAUUGUUUUGAUCUUCCGUUGUGUUGGUGCCACAAGUGUCUGUAUUUUCAGUUGUAGUAGUAUCUUCACCUGCACCCCACGAAGAAGAAGAGACUGUGGUCACCACUGGGUUGAACCGAACCACAGCGUUAGUUGGCGAAUUCAAUGCAUUGGGCAUGGCAAAGUUAAAGUUCCGAACUAGAAAUGUCAUAUCAUCGCGACGUCCACUAACUCUUGAAUUUCCACCAGGUGUUGAACCAUUCAUAUAACUGUCGUGGUGUAUACGGCCAAUUUUUUCUACCACUGUCUGAGCAACACCAUUGAGCGUAGACUGGACUCUGAACUGAAAAAUAAAAAUGGCUCUUUGUACAUUUCAAUAAAUUCAAUUGGAGCUGUUUAAAUCAGCUUUACUGCAGCAAUGAAUCAACAAAUCACAAGGCGUAAAAUUUUUUUAAAAAUCUCAGCUUGUAGGGCAUAUUUUAUUUCAUAGUCUUUUUCAUUGAAUUGAUAGCAUACAAAAUUUUCAUUAUAUUUUCUUAAUUAUUUAUCUUUAGUCCCAGUUCCCUUUGAUCUGAAAAUGUUGUGUAAAUUAACGACAAUUUAUUUUAAAAAGAAUGAUUCAUACUGUGAACUAAAUGUAAAGAAGGAGGAAAAGAAAAAGAAACUUCUUAGAUUCCUUUAGUCUUCCACAAUAAUGUUCGCUGAUGAGGCUAAUUUUCGCUGAGGAAACUGCUAAUAAUUUUUGUCUUUCACAAACACUGUUGCUUAUAAUAUGAGAGGUAGGUCUCCUGUUAUGCUCAUGAAUUUUAUUAAAAAUAUAUUUUUUAAUGUAGAGGAACCAGAAGUGAGACAAGCUGUGCAAUUCUAACAGAGACAAGUUUCUUUAUAAAGAACCUUGAUGGCACAAUGGUAGGUCUACGAGAGAGAAUAUUUGUAGUUAUUUAAAAGGCCUGAAAGAAUAUUGGCAAUCUUUGUAAGAAUAACAGUACAACAAAGGCUGUCUGCGUGCUUGAUUGGUCCCACCAGUUGAAUAUGCCAAUGUGUCCAAAUUGCCCCACUAGUCAACAAUGAAUAAGUGUGGAUCUUGCAGGGUGUGACCUGUCAGGACAGGCAAUCGAUCUCAGCCAUAUUUGAUCAAAUGCUAGACACGAGUAACUGAAGGCCACUCCGUGAUAGAAAUGAACCCCUUUUCCAUCAUGGGGGCCACCUUUCAUUCUCCAAUUUAAAGGAGUGCAAGUUGACCUUUGAUCAGCUGGGAGGCUAUUAUCCAAUCGUGACCUUCAAUAUCAAAAGUUAAGUCAUAACGAAUCUCCCAAUUAGAAAAUCAUAUAACACCUAAUCACAAUCUGUUUAAGUCUUAGUAUAAACAGAUGAUAUCUGCAUCGGACGUUUCCUACAAAAUGAACACGUGACCAUGAAGCGUUUACCGAAAAACUGGCUGUUACACAAUCUUUUGCAGGCCAAUGUUCAUGUAUCACUGUGUGUUAAUAGCCAUAAAUGGUCACCAUGAACAUGAAGCCAUCCAACAAACCAAAACACUUGUAAUCGUCUGAGAUGCACAGGUGCUGGGCUCUUUACACACACAGUUGUCCAAUCAUGAGCUUCAGUACUAAAAAUUUAGUCAUAAAAAGCUCCUGAUUGAAUAUUUGCAUCCCAGCCGAUCCAACGGCAGAAGACACUAAUUAAAUUGGAGCACAGCUACCACGAACUAAUGUAUUCAGCAUCAGUGCAUUAGCUGUUCCCAACCUAAAUCCAAGACAGAGUCAGUUAAGUUAAGUAAGUUUAAGGGAUAUGAAGUUUUAAACAUUCACUGUUGCACUGGAUAACAGUGAUGUUAAGAUGUGAUGUUUGUUUGUUUUUUCUUUUGCAAAAAUUCAAUGUAGUAUCCUUUUCUCCAUGCAGAAACGCCUAGUUUAUAACAUGUAAUUAACACCAGAAAUGCAAAAUUGCAUUAUAACACUUAUCACGCUACCGGUAUUGGAAAUACAGUAAAUCAAAGUGGAAAAAAAAUCAGGUCAAAAUUUUGUUCAAAAUAGAAAAAUUUUUAACUUCUGAGAAUAAAGGAAUUUGACAAUAAUAUGUCAUGCAAAGAAUUGCUUUUAAGACGCAUUAUACAAUAAGAAUUUAAAAGAAUUACAAUUGGACAAAUUUUAUGUCAACUUUCACCAAGACAGCAACUAUUCAGCAUUUGUUUCCCCUUAUCUAUUAAUAACUCUAUUAACUUAAAUGCAAGCUGAUGCAUUUCUGAACAAACAAAUCCUUGACACUUCUGCAUGCGAUUCAUUUGGGGGAUAUUGAAUGCCUAC